UAGCCACACCCACGACGUGACGCGACUAAAGAAAUUAAACAUGGCCGACAGCUAGCGAGGAGCUGACCGCAAACCUAGCCGAAAACACUGGCGAGCUCACAAUUUCUACCAUCCUGGACGAGGAUAUUUCACACUUUUUGGUGUGUAGUGUUUAUUUUUGUAACUAAAUAUACGUGACCAACCUUAACAGGCGGCUCUUUUCUUUCAUCUUACGCGAGAGCGAAGUGAACCAGACGGCGUUAGCAACAUUAGCUUUCGAGCUAGCUGACGCUUUUUGUGUGUUUUGUCACGGAAGUCGGCGCCAGAGGGCUCAAACUUUUGUUUUCUUGUGUUAUUUUCUAAGUUUUUCUUCCGUGGACUGCUGUUAGCGAGACUGUCUGCCGAGCUAAAUUUCCCGACAAAGCCAUAAAGCGGAAAUCGUGGACGCUGAGAAUCAACAGGAAUCAUGGAGCAAAAGCGCAAACAUGGCAAAUCUCACAAUACCACCACCAGCAGCAGCAGCAGUGGAGAUUCGGACUGUGGCAGCCCCGCAUCCCCUUCCACCGAGAGCCUCCAAGCCUCCUCGUCAUCGGGCAACGCGUUCGCCAACGACGGCAGCUUCAUGGAGAUGUUCAAGAAGAAGAUGGAGGAGGAGAUGAUGAAAAAGGCGCAGGACACAGAUGGAGAGCAAGGACAUGCAUCAGUGGGAAAGAAGCCUCCUCCAGUGACCACAUUUGUGGGGAAGCGCAGAGGCGGUGUGUUCCUUAAGACCGGCAUGGUUGCAAAGAAGCAGAAACAGGACUCGGAGGCUGAGCCAGGCAAGAGUGACGCCUGGUCAAAGUACAUGGCCGAGGUGAAAAAGUACAAAGCCCACCAGUGUGGCGACGACGAUAAGACCAGACCUCUGGUCAAGUAGACGCCGAGCAGCUGUGCUGUGAGAGGAAACCACAGGAGCUCUUCAGCCACCUUUGUUCCACUUUGUGUCUCCCGGUCUGCUUUGGCAAACGCUUCUGUUUCCUCCUCCCCUGAUUUUUUUUUUUUUUUUGUAUUUUCCUUCAUUCUGGUUACAUUUUCUUUCAUAAACUUUGCAUACAUGGUUAAUUGUGUUAUGUUAGUAUUGUUUGAUUUCUGUUGAGGCUUGAUUAAAAUCUACACUGCCUGCUA